GCUCCUCACAUACAGACACCAUCACAUUGAGCUAUGGAGAAGUUUGUGCUCGCACUGAUUUGCCUGCUGAAUGUUCUGGUGUGUUUUGGUACCGGUCAGCACCAUUUACGCGCAGGUGUCGGACCGUGGAGACAGCGGUUUCAGUGGGAGAAUAACGGCCAGGUGUACAGUUUACUGAGCACGGGGACUCAAUAUCGCCCACCUGCGCAGAGCAGAAGACGCACUCAGCUUUUACUGACAACAAAAAACAAUUUUAACCGACAUCACCCUCCUGUUGCGCUCAGAUCCACCAGAACCAGAUCUGGAGAGCUCGAGGACGCACCCGGGGGUCACGUUCAACAAAAUGACCUCACUCAGAUGGAUGCGUCGGUUCUUAGUGUUGAUGCUGGUCAGUAUUUACUUGCCCCAGGACGACCUGGGGCACGUCAGUCCCCACCGCGCAUCGCAACGUCUAGAGAGGCUGUGGCUGUGGGAUACCCUUCUCAUCAGGCACCGUUUAACGGCAGCGCUGCUGCUUUCACCACCAUCCGGGAGUUCUCCGGCAGUGGAGUCCCUCGAGGAGGCCGGAGUACACCUGGACAUGGCGCGCAACAGGCCACAGCGUCACCAGUAAGAUCACCGGACUUUACGCACAGCCGAGGCGGCAGGAUAAACUCACAAUCACCUGCUCGGUCACCUGCUGCAGGUGGAUGGGUCCCCAUGGCUGAGGAUAGUGGGAAUGCUCGGCGCAUUCCACAGCGAACACAUUUAGGAGACGCUCGCAGUGCGCAAAGAGCGCAAUCACUGACCAGAAUCACACCGGAGUCAAACGUUUCUCCCACAGCACUGUCCAGUAACUCCGUAGAAAUACACUUCUCACGCCCAAGGCCGGAUGCAACAGGGACUACGGACAUGGGUGACCCACGGGACCCGCACAGCAUUCAUCACAGGAACUCAGUUUUCUAUAAUGUUUACCCACCAGACCGCAGGAACAGGAUCACUGUGCGCCCUUCACCAGGACCGGGAUAUGGCACCAGGUUCUUCCACAAUGGUCUCCCAGACUUGGUUCCUGACCCUUACUACAUCCAAGCUGCCUCUUACAUCCAGAGAGUGCAGAUGUACGCGCUUCGCUGUGCUGCUGAAGAGAACUGUCUUUCCAGGUCUGCGUAUCACCCGAGUGUGAGGGACCUGGACUACAGAGUCCUGCUGCGGUUCCCACAGCGUGUGAAGAACCAAGGAACAGCAGACUUCCUCCCAGUGAAGCCCAGACAUGAGUGGGAAUGGCACAGCUGUCACCAGCAUUACCACAGCAUGGAGGCCUUUAGUAACUAUGACUUGCUGGACGUCUCGACUGGACAGAAGGUCGCUGAGGGACAUAAGGCCAGUUUCUGUCUGGAGGACACGUCCUGUGACCCGGGUAUACAACGACGCUUCGCCUGCACUGCUCACACACAGGGGCUCGGCCCUGGUUGCUACGACACGUAUCACGCCAACAUCGACUGCCAGUGGAUCGACAUCACAGAUGUACCACCUGGGAACUACAUACUGAAGGUGACAGUGAACCCGUCUCAGUUGGUUCCGGAGUCAGAUUUCUCCAACAAUGAGGUGCGCUGCGACAUCAGGUACACAGGAAGCUACGUCCAGGCGAGGAACUGCAGGAUCACUGUAAGCUGACCUGACUGAAGACAAAAUAAGUCUCAUAGAAACAUACUUAAUACCUUCUUGUUGCUUUAUAUGAACAGUUGCUGCUCUGUUGUGCAGCUGUUUUACUCUACAGUGUUUUCUAUUUGUAUUUAUGUCAUGUGAUAUCUUGUAGCUACAACUACGCUAACUAGGUGUUAACUUAUGUUAUUUGUAAGAAUAUACUUUUUUAAGCAAUGCAAGACUCUUCUGUUAGCUCUGUGUGUGUGUGUGUGUGUGUGUGUGUGUGCAGGAAACUUGAGGAAAGUGUGUUAACGAAUAGAAAGAAAACAAGUUAUUGUUAAAGGAAUACUUUACCUGCUAAAUGAUCAUUUAUAUAUCAAUUACUCACUCUGUGUUAUGCUGAGUUCGGAUAGGAAACCUUGUUUUUCUCGCAUGCCUCCACGGUGAACGAAGAAUCCAAAAACAGAAAAUUCUU